AUGUCUGUUUCUUAAAACUCACUAUUUUCUAUAUAAUUGUAUAAAUAAAAAGUUGAAGAUUGCUUCAAUAUAGCAUAAGAAUAAAUAGAAGUAUGUUAAGUUAUUUCUAUUAGCUUCAAAGUCAUCCUAUAAUAAAAUAAGCUAAUCAAUUGAUUAAAUUCUUUUGGAUUCAAUUCAUCCUUGUCUUUCGAAUUUUUAGUUCUUAUCCACAAGCCCUUAAUUUAUUAUUCAAUCACCAUCAAUAUUUACAAAUGAAUACAUACAUUCUGAUCUAACAAACUAAAUAAAAUCUGAGUUAUAACCAUCAAUAAACUCUAUUGUACAAAGAGAACUUAAGAUUAAGGAAUAAAAAUUUAAUAAAUCUCUGGAUAAAGAAAUUGAAGAAAGGAAGAGAGAAUACAAAAGAUAUGAAGAAAUCAUAAAAAAUAAAGAUUUUGAGAUUCCAAAAAUUAAUCUAAAAUAAAAUAUUGAAGAAAAAGAAAAUAAAUAAAUUAAAGAACCUUAAAAUCUAAACCCAUUCACCUUUGAAAUCAUAAAUUAAAAUACAAUCAAGUAAAAUGAAUGGUGUUAAGCUAUUGCUUUUAAUAAAGAUUGCUCAAUCGUGGUAGCUGGAUGUGAUAAGAAUAUUAAAGUAUUUCAACAUAGAUAAGGGAAACUGGAUUAAAUAUAAAUACUAAGUGAGCAUAGAUAUAAUGUUUAUACUUUGAAUUUCAUGAAAAAUACAAAUAAUUUUGUAUCUGGAAGUCAUGAUAAUUCAAUAAUAAUAUGGUAAGAGAUAGGAAAUAGUUAAUGGAAAUGUUAAUAAAUAUUGAAUGGACAUUCAAAUCCUAUAUAUUGUUUAUAAUUAAAUAAUACUGAUGAUCUAAUUAUCUCAGGUAGUUUAGAUAACACAAUAAAAUUUUGGAUGAAGUAGGUAAACUGGAUGUGUUAAUAAACCAUAACUGAUCAUACUUAAUAAGUAUAUUCAUUAAGCUUAAAUGAUCAAUAAAAUAAAUUGAUAUCUUGUUCAUUUGAUUCAUAAAUAUUAGUAAUAGAAUAAUAAAAGUUGGAUAAUAAAUGGAAUGUUACAUAAAAGAUAAAAGUAGAUACAUAUGGAUUAAGAUUAUGUUUUAUUAGUGAUAAUUAAUUUAUAUUCUAACCAAAAUGUUAAAAAUACAUGGAUAUAUAUGAGAUGGAUAGUAAUACUAAACAGUAUAGCAAGACUAAGCAAAUUGCUGUAAAAUAUGGUUCAGGUGGUGAGAAUAUUUUAUUUCCAUAAUAAUACUUAAAGUCUAAAUGCAUUCUAGUGAAUAAGAAUGGCACUAAUGUUAAUUUAAUGAGGAAGAAAGAAAAUGAUGACUUUAUCAUUUAAUAAUAUACUGAAUUUAAUCAUAAACUUAUUUUUGGAUAAUUAAGUGAUGAUGGAGAGUAUUUGAUCACUUGGGAUGAUAAAUCAAAGGAGAUAUAAAUAAGAAAGUUUAGAUAAUUAUGA